AUGUCCGGCCUCUACCGCGCCCUGCAACGCCACGCGCACGAGUCGCCCGUCAUCUUCUACUCGCUCGUCAUCGGGUUUGCGGGCCCCGCACUCGUGUUCACCGUCCCGCCAAUUCGCAAGUCGAUGGGCUGGAAGCCCGCGGAGCGCAUCCCUGCUACUUACCCUAUCCCCAACCGCCCCCGUCGCCCAACUACCGGCUUCGAGGACCCCUAG